AUGGCGGAGACCCUAAGGCAGCAACAGCAACAACCGCCACCACCACCAGUACCUCCACCUGCAGUACAAGAUGUUCAUGUUGAGGACCGAACCAUCACACUCACAAAGGAGUUCAAAAAGAUGAAACCACCGUCAUUCAAGGGGGGAAUUGAACCUAUGAAAGCUGAAGCGUGGGUGCUGGGAAUAGAGAAAUUGUUCGAAGUGUUUCCAUGUACUGAAGCCCAGAAAGUGCAACUUGCCGCCUUUACUCUUGAAGAUGAGGCGCGAAGAUGGUGGAUGCUUACAAGAACAGUGCAUCGGGAUUUAACAUGGGAUAGAUUUCUAGAGCUGUUCUACGAUAAGUAUUUUCCCCAAAGCAUGCGAUAUAAGAAAGUGACGGAAUUUGAGACUCUUAGACAAGGAAAUAAGACUGUUGCAGAAUAUGAGGCCCAAUUUGCUGAAUUAGCUCGGUUUGCUCCUCAUAUGGUAGAUACCGACUAUAAGAAAGCACGAAAAUUUGAAGGGGGAUUACGGGGUGCCAUUUUGGACCGGGUUAAUAUGCUAAAAUUACCCACAUACGUUGAAGUACUGGAAAGGGCUGUUAUUGCGGAAGGAAACCUUGCGGCCCAGAAUAGGAUUUCCGAGUGGAAAGGGAAGAGACAAAACAACCAAUGGUCAAAGGGAUCCGUUACUCCACCCGCGAAGAAGCACAAUUCAGGGAACUUCAGCACCACUAAUUCUGCUCAAAAUGCCACUCCGAUGUGUCCAGACUGUGGAAGGCAACACCGAGGAACUUGUCACUGGAGGACUGGAGCAUGUUUUAAAUGUGGGAAAACGGGACAUUUAGUAAGGGAUUGUCCGCAAUUGGUUCAACAAAAAGGCAAUAGACCUGCUACAAGUUCCGCGGGGUCUACACUGACCCCUAAUAUGAAGGCGGCUAUCAAACCGAGUAGUAACAAAGACACUACAAGACAAGGUAGGGUGUUCGCUUUGAUUCCAGGUGAUGUACAAAAUACAGCAACAGUGGUGUGA